AUUAAAUUGGCAAGGAAGUAUGUAAGUGUGGGUAGGCGAUCGCAUAGGGUUCUCUUCUCGCUGAGUUUACUUCUUUGGCCGUCAGCUGCAUUGAAGAAGCUCCUGUCAUCAGCCAUGGCAGUCGGCAAGAACAAGAGGAUUUCGAAGGGCAAGAAGGGUGGCAAGAAAAAGGCAGCUGAUCCCUUUUCCAAGAAGGACUGGUAUGAUAUUAAGGCCCCUUCUGUUUUCCAAGUGAAAAAUGUGGGCAAGACCCUCGUCACUCGCACUCAGGGGACCAAGAUUGCUUCAGAAGGACUUAAACAUCGAGUGUUUGAGGUUUCAUUGGCUGAUCUCCAAGGUAAUGAGGACCAUGCCUAUAGGAAGAUUCGGUUGAGAGCUGAGGAUGUUCAAGGGAAGAACGUUCUGACAAAUUUCUGGGGAAUGGAUUUUACUACUGACAAGUUGAGGUCAUUGGUGCGGAAAUGGCAAACUUUGAUAGAAGCUCAUGUGGACGUGAAGACCACUGAUAAUUACACAUUGAGAAUGUUCUGCAUUGGAUUUACAAAGAGACGUGCAAACCAGGUGAAGAGGACCUGCUAUGCACAAUCAAGCCAGAUUAGACAGAUCCGACGGAAGAUGAGGGAGGUCAUGACAAAUCAGGCUACCUCUUGCGAUUUGAAAGAGUUGGUCCGCAAGUUCAUUCCAGAGAUGAUUGGCAAAGACAUUGAAAAGGCAACGUCGAGCAUUUACCCUCUGCAAAAUGUCUUCAUUAGAAAAGUCAAGAUUUUGAAAGCUCCCAAGUUUGAUCUCGGAAAACUGAUGGAGGUUCAUGGUGAGUAUUCAGAGGAUGUUGGUCUGAAGGUAGACAGACCUGCGGAUGAAACAAUGGCUGAGGAGACCCCUGAAAUUGUUGGGGCUUGAUUGAAUGGGGUUGCUUAUUUGAUUUUAUUUAGGAGUUCAGCUACUUUUCUUCAGUGAGCAGUCUAGGCAUAAUCCCAAUGUUUCUAUAUUAAGCUGAGGGAAGCAUCAUUUUUUUUUUUUUACAUUGAGAACAGUUGGUGUUCACAGAUGAUACCUGCAUUCAUUUUUCUUUGCUAUAAUGAAGUUUGCGCUCUUGGAAGAUGACUUUUCA